CUUCAUGCUCUCCCCCUCUAUGUUCAUCCACCUGAGUAAGGCCAAGAUGGUGUCCCCCACUGGCCAGUGCCACGCCUUUUCUGUUGAUGCUGACGGCUACACCAGAGGUGAAGGGUGCGGUGUGGUCAUCAUCAAAAGACUGUCUGAUGCCAUUGACUCUGGAGACCACAUUCUGGCCACUAUAGAGACUGGAACCAACCAAGACGGACAUUCAGUGACACCAAUAUCAGCACCGUCUAAAGAACAGCAGAUUCAACUUCUAGAGUCCAUCUAUAAGGACUACACACUUGACGAGCUUGAUGCUAUAGAGUAUAUUGAAGCUCAUGGAACAGGCACUGUUGCUGGGGAUAAGGCCGAGGCCAAUGCACUUGGAGAAUUUUUCCUCAGCAAACAUUCCUCUAGGGUCCGGUACAUGGGCAGCGUGAAGACCAACAUUGGUCAUCUGGAGGCUGCGGCUGGUGUUGUUGGUCUGAUCAAGGUGCUGCUUAUGAUGAAACACUCUAAGAUAGUGCCGUCACUAUUUGCUGAAAAUCUCAAUCCUAAUAUUGAUUUUAAUAAACUACAUUUGCAAGUGCCAACAAAAGCAGUGGAGUGGAGCACGAAAAAUAAAGUUGCUUGCAUUAACUCUUUUGGUUUCGGUGGGUCGAACUCUCAUGCUGUAAUUAAAUCAUUCAAUAACGUAAGUACUGCAGAAUCUCAACGUGGAGAAGAUGACCAUAUCGUUUGCUUUUCUGGAGAAAAUAUGGAAUCUCUGAGAGGGAGCAUUCAAGAUUUGAUAAAAUAUCCGUUGAAUAUCGACAUUAGAGAUUUGUCUUUUACUUCAGUUCAUCUAAGAGGGCACUAUCCUUACCGUUAUGCUACAGUUGCACAAAAUAUGGAGGAGCUAAAACAGAUCUUGAAGAAUGAAACAGAUCGUGAGGACGGCCCUAAAGACGCUUUAAACAAUCCGUCGGUUGUGUUUGUCUUUUGUGGAAUGGGGACAAGCUGGAACGGAAUGUGCCAAGAAUUGAUCAACAAAUGCAAGCCGUUUGAAGAAGCACUAAAAGAAAUAGAUGAUAUUUUGUCCCGUCUAGAUGAUAUGUCUGUUAUCAAAAGUUUAGAACAAGGAGACAUUUCUGAAGAGUUUUCUCCAAUCGCCAUAUUCGCCUGUCAGGUUGGUCUGUUCAGACUCUGGAAUUAUUUCGGCGUAACACCAGACUUUGUGGUUGGUCAGUCCGUUGGGGAAAUCGCUGCAGCAUUUGCAUCAGGGCACCUUACUCUAGAGGACGCUGUGAAGAUCAUCUACCACAGAACCCGGCUACUGAACAACGUAAAGGGUGGGAAGAUGGUUCUGAUUAUGAAAGAAAAUAUAUCAGUAGUUGAUUCUAUUAUUGCCAAUUUAAAAGCUCAAGCCAACAUUGCUUUAAAAUAUAGUCCUGUUGCUUGUGCCGUUAGUGGUGAUAUAAAGGCCGUAGAUUUAAUCAAAUCGGAAUUAACUUUCAAGAACAAUUCGACCAAACUGAUAGAUCUAGAUGUGAAUGUGGCCUACCAUAGUCACCAUGUCGAUGCCUGCAAGGAUGGGCUAAGACUUGCCCUGGAUGAUAUAAAACCUCUAGCCGGUGAAGACAUUCAUAGAAGUAAACAAAUGGUCUCCACAGUUACUGGUCAGUUUGUUGAAGGACCCCUUGAUUCGACUCACUGGGUCAACAAUUUGAGAGAGCCAGUCCUGUUUUACGACGCAAUAAGACAAACUGUCCAAAAAAAUAAAACAAAUAUUUACAUUGAAAUCGGUCCUAAACCUGUAUUAAGAGCUCACAAAGAUGAUAUUUUUCAAAGCGAAAAUGUCAGCAUUGUACCAUCUAUGGACACCAACAAAGAAUGGAAGCAGUUUUUGUCAGCCAUGUCCAAACUUUACACGCUGGGUGUGCACAUUGAUCUAAGAAAACUUCAGGCAAGUGGUAAAAAGAUAUCUGUACCGAGGUAUCACUUCACUGAGAGAAAAUGUCUGGAAAUAUCAGAAGCCGCACAGCUAGACCUGGCAGGAGUCAACCCCUUACGACGUCAACAUCCGUUUGUGAACGUCAUUCAAACACGUGACAGCCUUCAUUCAGAAGGGAAAAUUAUUCUAUCACAAACAACUUUCCCUUCAGUGUUUGAACACAAGGUUUCAGGGACCAGAAUCAUCCCAGGAGCCCUGUACGCAGAAAGUGGUUUCGCGGUGAUAAACCUCUUUGGUCUGGUCAAAUCACAGAUUUAUUCAGUGACGGCUAAUUUUAAGAACCCGUUUUCUUUGCCAUCAACUGGUACUGUAGAGAUGGAGCUAGCGUGCAGGAGUUUAGAUGACCAAAAUGAUAGUUUGAAGUUUGAAGUUUCGGUGACAAGUAAAAACAAAACGUACGCUGAUUUAGUUUUGGAGCCUUACACGGGAGGCACGCAAUUUUCAAAUGUGAAUAUACGCUUCAUUCAAAACCAAUGUACUGAAGUGAUUAGCGGGGAACAGCUUUACGAAACAUUGACGGUUUUGGGGUUCGAUUAUGGCCCUUCCUACAUGCUCAUCAAGGAAGCCAGAAAAAAUGUAAGCGAAAAAUAUUGCAUUGCUGAAAUGUUGGUUCCAGCUUCCGUGGAAGAUGAACUAGUGGGGACAACAAUACACCCGUCAAUUUUAGACAACAUGAUGCAGACGUCUGUCAUUUUACUUGACGAUAUUGCAAAUGAAGACAAAAAUGGAAUCCUACCGUUUAUGAUUAGCAGCCUGACAUCUUUUAGAGCUACGCAGAAGCGGAUGUACGUCAUAUCACACAAAAAGGGCAGGGAAGGCGGGCUCAGUCAUUACCAGAUCAAGCUUGUGGCGACCUCUGGGGAGAUCAUUGCUGUUAUCGAAGAUCUGGCAGUCUUACACUUGAGCUAUCAGGCCAAUACAUUAAGAAACGCGUACUCCAUCGAUUGGUCGCCUGUACAUCAUGAAAAGUUGAAAGCAGUAGAGCAAAUCCCGUCAGUAUUGUACAUUACAGAUUUUAUUUCGGUGAAUGAUGAAUCUUUGAAAAAUAUAUUGCUCUACGACUCAAUGAAUGAUCCGUGGAAGGUUGCGUCUGGAUUAGAAGCAUUUGAAAAUCUCGGUACUUUUGAGUUUAUUGUAAUUAGCAUUUUGAAAGACAAUAUCAGCUACGACGACGACGCUGACAAAGUUCACAGCAUGGUUAGUGGUUUGUUCAAGAUGAUCCAGGAGAUAUUCAGGUACACGUACACCAACAACAUACACGUGCCAGUAUUGGUGUUUACCAGCCACGCCUUUCCUUACAACAACAGUAAAACGUUGCAACCUGUAAACCCAGUAAUGUCGUCUGUCUGGGGAAUGAUACGCUGCGUCAUCAGAGAAUCCAUCAGCUCUGGCGUCACGCUGAUAGAUGUUCAAAUACCCGAGGAGAAAAUGUCUCUUCUAUCACUUACAUCAGUCGCAGUGGCAAUUAAACAUCAAGAAGAAUACAAGCACUAUCCAGAAUGGAUCUUUACAGAACAAGUGUCGUGCUUUGGACAAGUCGUUCCUGUAGAUGGACGAACCCCUUUUCCGUCUUACAAAACGUCAGUCGUUGAUGGUUCAACUAGAACCAUUUUAAUCAGCAAAGAUCCAAAUGACAUAACAGAAACCUACUGCAUUGCUUAUCAAGAUGACGAACGGAACGAAAGCUGUGCUGAAAUUCGAACAUAUUCACAAUUUCUGCCAAACUCAAAGCUUUAUCAUGUUGAAAUAUCAGGUAAUGAGUUGGUGACCAAUGCACCUAUAGGAUGUGACGGUUUCUCUCUUGUUGCUCUUGAAAGCUGCGGUACAACAACUGGCAAAGAAAACAAAACUUUAAAUGUUAUUUCCUGCUACCCUGCCUCUAUAGGCACAGUCGUCAGAGUUCCUGAGGAAGUUGUGUUGAGCCGUGAACUUUUCCCCUGCUACGUCUUUGGUAACCUCACACAGCUGCUUGUUCUGUUUUCAAUUGUUGACAAGAUUCUUGCUAAAAAUAUAACAAUUUUAGCUUCAAAUGAUAACAUUAAAAUCGCUAAAGCAUUGGAAAUAUUAAUCAGGCAAUCGAAUUCUGCUUCUUCAGUUAAUAUUUCAACAUCUGAUAAAUUUAAAGAAACGACGUCAUGUUGUGAAAUAUUAAUUUUACUUGAGAGAGUUGAUAAAUCAAUUAUAAAAGCUAUAAAUAAGAAAACGGUUCAUUUGAAAAUAGUGGCAAUAUCAUCUUUGGUUGCAAACGAAGAUAGAGCAUACAUUUCUUAUAAACUACCACGCAGUAAGCUGAUACUACUCUGCCCCGAAGAAGUAUUUUCUCCACAGGAAAUACCACGUCAAGUGCUGCGAGUUAGAAGAUGGUUGGAGAAGAGGAAUCCUGAGAUCUCAACAGUUUUAAAACAACUAAGUGCAACCCAGCCAGCGAGAGAUGUGUUUGUCACUCAACCCAACAGCUUGACUGAACUUCUCGCGGGGAAGCUGGUCCAAUGUCACAACCAGAGCUUGAGGGUGGACAAAGAGAAAAUGUUCAGGAAAGAUGGCGUGUACAUUGUCGUGGGCGGGCUGACAGGACUUGGGUUGUUGACGGUGAAACAUCUGGCUCAGCGUGGCGCGGGGGUCAUCGCAAUUCUCAACAGACGGGCUUGUGAUGAGGACGUAGGACGCGUCUUGGACGGAUAUUCAGAAGAGUUUAAGUGCCAUAUCAAAGCAUACCGUGGUGAUGUUGGUCAGAUAAACUCAGUUCAAGAAUUUUUUAAUUCUAUUAAAAUUGAUUUUCCAAAGGAAUGUAUUAAAGGCGUAUUUUUCGGAGCAGCUGUUCUUGAUGAUAAGAUUUUCCUCGAAGUAACUGAAGAUUCGUUUAAUUACGUCACGGUUCCAAAAAUAAAAGGUGCGUGGAAUUUGCAUCAGAUGACGAAGCGAAUGCAGUUAGAUUUUUUUGUCAUGUAUUCGUCUAUAGCAUCUGUGGUUGGAAAUAUUGGACAAAGCAGCUAUGCUCUAGGUAACGCUUUCAUGGAUGGGCUCGUUUCCUACAGGAAACAUUUCAACCUCGCUGGUCAGACGAUUAACUGGGGACCACUCGACCUGGGGCUGCUGGACGAGAAGGAUCAUCUUAAGAACAGGCUGGCAGAGUUAGGGUUCCUGCUGAUGAUGAAAAAUGAAAUUGAAUUGGCUCUACAUCAGGUUCUACAUCUAGGCCUGCGACAGGUUGUGAUGGUUAAAUUUAACACGGACACGCUGCUUGAGAAACGUAAACGCGAUACACCCCUACCCUUGCAGUAUAAGUUACAACAAGUAUUUGGAGGUAAAAUGAACAACGAAACGUUUGAAGAACCCCAGGUCGAAGAGGAACUGAUCUCCAAAGUCGUCAACUGCCAGCAGGAACCUCAGAACCAGAGACUGACCUGGUAUCAAAAGUACAUCAUCGCCAUAGCAACGGAUAUCCUGGGUGUGAAGAAACAGCCGCUGACCACAAGCUCUAAUCUGUCUGACCACGGGAUGGACUCUAUAGUGGCCAUGACGCUAAUCAACCUCAUCAAAAAAGACAUUAAGUGUACCCUGACGCCCAUGGUUUUUCUAAGUGGCAACGCUUUUAUUGACAAGAUAGCCUUGCAAAUAGACACGUUACUAAAUAACAAAGACCAGACUAAAUUUUAAUGCUACUUUGAAUGUGUUUAAGUUGUAAACUGGUAAAUAAUACGCUUCUAGUUUUCGUAGUGUAACCAACAAACACAAAUGCUAUCAAUAUUGUAUGUAAUGUGUCAAUU